ACAUGCUCUCUCAGAAAGCUUUCAGUUUUCCUGAUGUGGAAGGACUGUACCUCCUGACGGACGGGAAGCCAGACACAAGCUGCAGCCUUAUCCUCAGUGAAGUGCAAAGACUCACGGAGAAGAGAGACGUGAAAGUGCACACCGUCUCCCUGAACUGCUCAGACAGGACGGCGGUUAACUUCUUGAGAGAUCUGGCCUCUCUUACUGGGGGCCGCUAUCACUGCCCUGUCGGUGAGGACUCGCUCUUAAAAAUGCAGGGCCUGCUGACCAGGGGCUUCAUCAAAGAGAGGGACCCCAUGCUGCCACUAUUUGAAGGAGAUGAUUUAAGGAGAUUGGCCCAGGAGAUCACCAAGGCCAGAAGCUUCCUCUGGCAGGCCCAGUCCUUCAGGUGUGCCCUUCAAGCAGCCCCUCCCACCUGCCUCGUGGCUCCAGCCCACCCAGACCCUGGGCCCCCCUCAGGUCCCAACUCCAGAAGAAAAACAACACAGAACCGAAGGUCGCUCCGUUUUAGAAAAGUGUUCUCAGGUGCGACGCAGACUCACCAUCAGCCCCUCUUGGAGGAAGAAGAAACAAGUGAGCCUCACCACCACCCACCGCCCCUGCUCAUCCGAACUGAACUGAAGUCUGCUCUGGAGCCCAGUCCAGAGCAAAUGCUCAGCUCAAGCAUGUGAAAAUCGGGCUGGAGCUGCUGGGCCAGCCCUACUGUGUACAUAUGAAAUGACUGUGUCAUGUGUUAUGUCAGCUGGGGUCAUUUCUAAGACAGGAAAAAUUCCUUUUAUUUAAUUAAUAGGAUCAAAGUUACUUUUAAAUGGAUGUGAUCAUUGGUGUGUGUGUGUCUCUGUAUAAAUUUUUGGUGUGAUAAAACUUUAUUAAAAGACUCGUAUCUAGAUAUACGAAGAACUCCGAAUCAAUAAGAAAAUGAUAAACAUCCUAUUUUUAAAAAUGGACCAAAGGCUCAGACAGGUAUAAAUGAACAAGAGGUGUAUGAAAAUAGGCGCUCAACAGCCUUACCCAUCAGUGAAAUGCUAAUUAAAACUACAGUGAGAACCACUACACACCCACCAGAGCGGCUAAAAAUAAAGACUGGCAAUAUGAAGAUAGGCAGCAGCUGGAACCCUCACGCGUUGCUGGAGUGGAGGGUGGAGCGGUGUAACUUGGUGCCUCCACGCUGGAAAACCGUCUGCCAAUUUUCACCGAAGUAGAACGUGUGCCUUCUCUCUGCCAGCAAUUCCACUCCAAGAGGAAUGAGCACCCACGUUCGACAAAAGACAUACACAGGAAUGUUUACAGCAACUUUAUUCGUAAGAGUCAGAAAAUGGAAGCUACUUAAAUGCCCAUCAAUGGUAGAAUGGACAAAUAAAUUGUGAUACAUCUGUGCAGUGGAAUACUAUGCAUCAAUUUAAAAGAAUGAACUACAGCUAUAUUCAACAAGCUGCAUCAAUUUUAUGAGGAAUAUUGGGCAGAAGA